GAAAAGAACAAGCGAAAUGUGUUGCUGAACGAUUGCAAAACAGUGGUGUCAAAUUCGACAGUCUUGUUAUGUCAACGAUGACGAGAGCCGUUGAAACGGCUAAAUUUAUUCUUGAAAAACUACCAGCAGUCACCUCAAAAAGUGAUACAUUGCUAGAGGAAGGUGCACCGUUUCCUCCUGAGCCACCCAGUAAAAAUUGGCGGCCAAAGCACAAAGGAUCGCGCAUUGAAGCGGCUUUUCGGAAGUAUAUUCACCGGGCAAGCAGUAAGCAGAAGGAGGAUAGCUGGGAAUUGAUUGUAUGCCAUGGAAAUGUGAUACGAUAUUUUGUAUGCAGAGCACUGCAGUUUCCGCCGGAAGGUUGGCUUCGAAUGUCGGUUGGACAUUGCUCGAUAACAUGGUUAAUUGUGUACCCGAAUGGAACUGUCUCAGUUCGGACACUUGGCGAUAUUGGUCAUUUACCUCGUGAAAAGGUUUCUUUCUAGUU